GGCCUUUCCUCAGCCUUCAGUCUUAGCCAUCGACUUCUUUUUUCUGCACAAAACAAAUCAUUCAGGAUCACUUUGAUUCCUCUCAGGCUAUGCUUUUGCUCAAUCGAUCCCUCUUUUCAGCCCUACUUUCGUCGCCAUUUCAUUUGAUUUGCUUUCAUCCAACAUGUUUCCAUCAUUUUCUCUAUUCAAUCCUUUUUUCAAUCAUCUUCUGCUGCUACUCUCUGCACAGCAUCUUCACAUCCCUUUACACAGAUCACCUCAUCCUCACCCUUUCUUUUCAUUUGAUUUGAUUUGAUUUGAUUUGAUUUCAUCCCAACUCGUUCCCUCCAUUGUUUGCGCGGAUCAAUCCUUCUUCCGCUACUCUCUGCACCUCAUUUUACCUCCCUUUACUAAAAAUCAGCUUAUUUUCACUAUUCUCAUCCUUUGUUUCAUACCCUCAUCUGAUUCAUUUGCUUCUUUUGUUCCAAUUGUGUCUUUAUUCUUGUUUGGCACCUAUAUAUUUUUCCAAACUCAGAAAAAAAAAAAAAAGAAGAAGAUGCCCGAGCCCUGUUUUUGUGCGUUUUGUCAGAAUGCUGCUGGAAAUUUUGUUGGGAACUUGUUUAGUGGAAUUUUCACUCUUAUCUCAAGGCCAAUUAUUCUUGUGUUCAAGUGCGACAAUAAUGUUGACUAUUUGAAGAACAAAGUUGCCAAGCUAAAGGAUGAGAAAGACACUGCGGAGAACUAUGCUGAAGCUGUGGAAAGAAGGGGGGAAAAGAUUGUACAAAAGCUCAGGAAUUGGCUGACCAGCGCCAACGAUCGCAUUGAAGCCGCAGACAAAUUAGUAGCUGAUGCUGAAGGAAAUGCCAAGAAGAAGUGUUUCUUUGGGCUGUCUCUCAAUCCCAAAUCUCGUUACCAACUCAGCAAAAAAGCCAAGGAGAAUUCCGAGACUAUUGAUAAACUUGUGAAUGAAGCUCGUGGAUUCAACCUCUCACUUUCCCACAUUCCUCCUCCACCAAAAGAAGUGCCCCUGCGUGUCAAAGGUUUCGAGGACUUUUACUCAAGAGAGGAUGUUCUAGAGAGGAUCAUGAAGGCACUGCAAAGUCAAGGCAGCAGCAUUAUAGGGGUACACGGGAUGCCUGGCGUGGGGAAGACGAUGCUGGCCAAAGAAGUAAGAAGAAAAGCAGAGCAAGACAGGCUGUUCGAUGCGGUGGGUAUGGCUCUUGUUUCAAGGAAUGCAGAAUUGGAAAAAAUUCAAGUUGAAAUUGCCCAUGGCUUGGGUCUAGAUCAGCUUCCUAAUGGAAUUACAACCCAGGAUGCUGCUGAACUUAUUAAAGACAGGCUGAAGAAAAUGAAGAAGGUUUUAAUCAUUUUGGAUGAUAUCUGGGUGCCUGGAAUAGAUUUGGAGGAGCUUGGAAUUCCUCUUAGAGACGAGCCAAAAAAGAACGAAGGGAGCUCGUCAAGGGAAGAACAUGUAGAGGGGAGCUCGUCAACAGAAGAACAUGUAGAGGGGAGCUCGUCAACAGAAGAACAUGUAGAGGGGAGCUCGUCAACAGAAGAAUAUGUAGAGGGGAGCUCGCCAACAGAAGAACAUGUAGAGGGGUGCCGGUCAACAGAAGAACAUGUAGAAUGCAAAAUUCUGUUGACAUCCAGAGAUUCUGAUGUUUUAUCAGAUCUGAUGGGUUCUUCACUGAACUUUUCACUUCAUCAAUUGCAAUUUGAAGAAGCAUGGGACUUGCUUAAAAGGAUAGUUGGUGACAGAGUAGACAGUGAUGACAUACAUAGUACAGCUACUGAUAUUGUCCAGGAAUGUGGGGGCUUGCCCCUUGCAAUUACAACAAUGGCAAAGGCUCUGAAAAAUAAGAAGCCUUACGAAUGGAGGGAUGCUUUGAGAAAACUGAGAAAGCCCUCUUCAGAAAACUUCCAUGGCAUAUCUGCAAUUGUUUAUUCAGCUAUUGAAUUCAGUUACUCUCAUUUGGAUAGCGAGAAGCUCAAGAAAACAUUUUUGCUUUGUUGCCUAAUGGGUCACAUGGCGGCCAUUCAAGACUUGUUGAAGUAUGGUGUGGGCUUAGGCUUAUUUGCUAACACCAUAGAGGAAGCACGAGAUGAAGUACUUACUUUGAUAAGGCAGCUGAGAGCCUCUUCGUUGCUCAUUGAUGAUUGUGGCAAUGAUUAUUUUGAUAUGCAUGACCUUAUUUAUGAUGUGGCUGUAUCAAUCGCAUCUAGGGAUCAUCAUGGGUUGCUGCUAACUGGUGAUCAUGAACCGAAAGAGUGGUCAGACAUGGAAACAAAGAAAGAUUUCAAAUGGAUUUGGCUGCAAAAGGCUAAUAUUAAUGAGCUUCCUGAUGAGUUUGAAAGUCCUCAGCUUACUCUUUUUAGUUUGGUUAAUAAUGAUCCUUCUCUUAAAAUUCUGUCAGACUUUUUCAAGGGAAUACAAAGAUUGAAGGUAUUGAAUUUGACUUACAUGCAUAUGUCAUCCCUGCCUUCAUCAAUUUGCCUCUUGCAGAACCUCCAUACAUUAUGUUUGCAUCACAGCGUGUUGGGGGACAUACGUAUUAUUGGAGAGCUGAAGAAUUUAGAAAUUCUUAGCCUUCUGUGGGCUGCUGUUGAAGAGCUUCCAAGGGAAAUUGGGCGGUUGACUCGGCUAAAGUUGUUAGAUUUGAGUAACUGUACCAAACUCCAAAUAAUUCCCCCACGCGUCUUAGCAAAUAUGUCCAGAUUAGAGGAACUGUUGCUGGGAAACAGCUUCGAUGGAUGGGAGGUUGAGGAAAAUGAAGAUCAAAGAAAUGCGAGCCUUGCUGAGUUAAAGCAUUUGAAGAAAUUGACUAAUUUAGAGGUAUGUAUUCCUGAUAUUCAGGUGAUCCCAAAAGAUAUGAUCUUUGAAAUUUUGAAAAAAUUCAAAAUAUUCAUUGGAAUUAAAAUGUUGUUGAAGAUGACUGAAGAGCUACAUCUAACGGAGUUGGCAGGUGUAAAGAAUGUGGUUGAUGAGUUAAAUACGGAAGGUUUUCCUGAUUUGAAGUAUCUCUAUGUCCGUAAUGCUCCAGGGGUUCAACAUAUCAUUAAAUCAGCGGAAUGGGUUCCUUUCAAUGCAUUUCCUAGCUUGGAAGUAAAGAAUUUGUUCUCUUCCUCUAUAGCCAGGCAGCUUCUCCAUCUACAAGAAAUUUCAGUGACAGGGUGCAGCAAUAUGGAAGUAAUUGUUGAUGACGAAGUGCAAGGGGGCAGGAAUGAUAUUGUUGAAGCAACUGAGCUAGAGUUUGGGGAAGUGCUACGGUCCUUGAGAUUGCGACGUCUACCAAAACUGAGUACUCUCAACAAAAGUUGCAGGCACAUGCCACUUUUCAAUGAACAGGUAUUUCAAUAAAUUGUUUAAUUUUUUUAAUUUCCCAAGCCAUCUUCAUUAUUUCUCUGAGACGAAGAAUAACUAAAAAAAUAGAGUAAUUGAAUUUUA